CUCUGAUCAAGAAAAUAAUCACAAAAUUUCUUCAAAAAAGAAAGCAAAAAAAAAAUCAAUUUCUCUCCAAAACCUCUCCCCUUCUCGCCGCUGAUUCGAGAAGAGAAUAUUAAAAACCAGCGACCUUCCAAUCCAAAAUCUCUCGGAUUCAAGCUCAAUUUAAAGUCAGAAUCAAAUCUAAGAUCUCGACAGAACUCAGAGCUUGUUGCAAUGGCGAGAGGCGCUCGAAACCCUAGGCUUUUCUCGAGUCGCAGAUCGAAUCCCUACUCUCUAAUCUUGACUGGUCUCCUAACUUUGUCGAUGUUUCUCUUGAUGCUACUUGCUCUCGGGAUCGUCUCGUUGCCGAUCAACUCUGAUAACGCUCCGAGAGCAGAGCAUGCAAAGAUUCGACACGAUCGGUCCGUGUUCGAGAGGGAUGGGAUGGGAAUGAGAGGGAAACAGUGGACGGAGAUCUUGUCGUGGGAGCCUAGAGCUUUCGUUUACCAUAAUUUUCUGUCGAAGGAGGAAUGCGAGUAUUUAAUUAAACUAGCUGAGCCUCAUAUGGUGAAGUCAACCGUUGUGGAUAGUGCUACUGGAAAGAGUAAAGAUAGCAGGGUGCGGACAAGCUCAGGCACGUUUCUCCAAAGAGGACGGGACAAAGUAAUCAAGGCAAUUGAGAAAAGGAUUGCUGAUUUUACCUUUAUACCUGUAGAGCAUGGGGAAGGGCUCCAGAUUCUACAUUAUGAAGUUGGGCAGAAAUAUGAACCUCAUUAUGACUAUUUUCUCGAUGAGUUCAACACUAAAAAUGGGGGGCAGCGGAUUGCUACUGUUCUCAUGUACCUUUCUGAUGUGGAAGAGGGCGGUGAGACUAUAUUUCCCUCUGCAAAUGUGAACAGCAGCUCUUUGCCAUGGUACAAUGAGCUAUCAGAGUGUGGAAAGAGAGGCCUUUCUGUUAAGCCAAAAAUGGGAGAUGCCUUGCUCUUUUGGAGCAUGAAACCUGAUGCUACUCUAGAUCCGUUAAGUUUGCAUGGUGGAUGCCCUGUGAUUAGAGGGAAUAAGUGGUCAUCUACCAAAUGGAUGCAUGUCAAUGAAUAUAAAGUUUAAACUAUCCCCGAGGUUAGAAAGGUCAGUUGCAUGUGUCUAAUACCAAAUUUUAACAUACAAUCCCUUUGACUGCGCAACUUAUUCUUUGCCUACUGGAUGAUGAUGUAUCUUCUUCUUCCGGAUGCGAUAAAGUAUGGUUCUUUGUGACCACAGUUGGCUAAGUUAUAGUCUGUAAUUGAGACCCCAUAUCUGUACCUCGGAAGUAGCUUAAUGUAUAGAGUUUUUAGAUAUGUUUGAAUAAAUUUCUAGAAUUUUGAUUUUAUUUUCAAAAUACUUGGCUGUUACUCAAUUAUAGCUUUUAUUACUGGCUGUUGUUCA